AUGGUGUCCUAUGGAGCGGCCAUUUGGGCCUUCCCUAUGCAGGGAAGGAAAAUCCGGCACCUGUCUGCACUACAGAGGCCCUUCCUACUCUCAAUUACAAGAGCCUUCAGGACAACAUCUACUGAUGCACUAAACAUCUUGGCAGGAGUGCUACCACUUCAUCUACGCAUAGAAGAAGAAGCGGUGACACAACAGGUUCAUCAGUUAAGACUUUCACUUACUUAUGAUUACGUUACCUUCUCUCAAGAACAGUUUGAGAAUAAGACCUCACAACUUCAUAUACACCCAGCAAUCAAGGGUAUUGGAAUUCACCUCACGAAGAACCCAGCAUAUGUGGCACCAUCCGGCUACAUCUCCAUCUACACAGAUGGUUCUCGUAUUGACGAAAAGGUAGGCAGCGCCUUUGUCGUGCUCAGUGAACAACAACAACCCCUUCACCAAUGGCAGAUGCAGCUCAGCACUGAAAACAGCGUUUUCCAGAGUGAAGCACUCGCCAUUCACGAGGCCAUACGCUAUCUAACGAAUAAUAAAAUCUCCAAAGCCUUAAUACAUACAGAUAGCCUGUCUUCUAUGCAAGCAAUUGCCAAUUCAGAACAUACCUCCCCGCAAAUAGCAGGCAUUCAAAAAAGUCUACGUGAAAAUGCUCACAAUCAUUACGUCAUAAAAUGGAUUAAAGCGCACACAGGUAUUUAUGGCAAUGAACUUGCAGACGGCCUGGCAAAAGACGCCGCCACUGGGAACAACAUUACUACAGUACAGAUCCCAUGGCCUACCUCAUAUUUAAAAAAAGACCAUACGACAAAUUGUUUGCAAUAA